AUGUCAUCCUCCCCUCCCUCCUACGAGCUCCCACCGGAAACUCAAUUUCGCCCCGCAGGGCCAGACGAGGACUCUCAGGAAUACAGUGUCGAAACACUCCUCGCCGAAGAUCCAAUCGGGCGACAAUACCUCGUCGCGUGGGAAGAUAUCGACCCCAGUACGGGCCGGCGGUAUCGGCCCUCCUGGGAGCCUAAAGAAGCUUGCACGAAUGAGCUCAUCCGGCUAUGGAAGAUAGACCUCGCAAAGGGAAAAGUCAAGGUUGGAAAGACGUACGGCGCCAAGGUGUUGAGGGAAUGGGAUCGAGACAACAAGAACAAGCCCAGGGCGAGUAGGGUAAAGCAGGAGACGAGGGAGGGGAAGAAGGCGGAGCGGAAGCAGAGGAAGGCGGAGGCUAAGGGGACUUCCGCUGCUGCUGCUGCAAAGAGCACGGCGGGCGGGUCGAGGGAGAGAAGCAAGGCGUCCACGGUCGAGCCUGAACAGGAUGAGGAGGAAGAAGAGGAGGAUGGGAUGGAGAUUCUGAUGAGUGAUGCGGAGGUGGGUAAAGGGGAGGGCAAGGGGAAAGCUCCGGCGAGGCAGACGAGCGCAGUGAGCGAGACGGACACGUCGUCGCCUGUAGCUGGAGGGAAGAGGAAGCGGGGAGGCAAGGAGAAUGACGAUGCUCCGGCUGUGAAGAAGACAAGGGGGAGACCGCCUCGUCAAGCCUCAGAAGCAUCCGACGUCCCUUCCAUCACCUCCAUCAACUCUUUGAACAAGCGGAACGCUCCUCCACGCCACGCCAAAGUCCCCGAAACCAACGGCAAAUCCCCUCCCAUCGCCUCUCGCAUCCGGAGUCGCUCUGCGUCCACUACCAUCUCCGCCGGCGCUGCUGCUGCCGCUGCCGGACCUUCCAGACCCACCGCUAAAGCAACCACCUCCGCUGCGGGCUUGCCCAAGUCCAGCAUGGCUACUGCCCCCGCGACGAAAAAGAACGCCCGGUUCGCGGUCGACCCGGACGAUGAGGGCGCGGAUUUCCACCCGGACAACGACAACGAGACCGAGCUGGACGACUAUCAAUCCCACUCGGUCUCUCCCGAAACCACAUCUCGGGCCGCGGAGACCAAUGCAAAACUCGCGAGUGUCAUCCGGAAUCUCGCGGACGGGGCGACUCAGCCAGCGGUGGAGGAGGAGGGGAUCGAUCCGGAGGUGAUUGCGCAGGCAGUACGCGAGUCCCAGGCUGCCGCUGCCGCCGCUGCGGCUGGGUCUUCCAAGCCUAAAGCCAAGCCAAAGCCUGCGCCUGAGCCUGCGGCCAAGACGUCGACGGUGAUGGCGGGCCCAAGCCAGCAUCCCACGGCCAAAAGGCUCGGACCCGUCGCUCAGCCCGAUACGCAGGUCUUCAGGGAUGCGGCGCGUGUUACCAAGACCACCGGCGGCGCAGACCUCAUAUCGGCCACACAGGCUACGGGUACGUAUACCCAAGAGUCGAUCCAGCAGUUCUCGAGCCCCCCUUCGCCGGAUCAGUACGGCCAGACCGGAAGCCCGUCCCCCGGAAAUCCGUACACUCAGCUGCCAUUUGCUUCACGAAACGGCAAGGGCAGCGUUGGCGGCAGCGGCAACGUGAAGGGCCGAGCUAUGGGCUCGGCGGCGGACGUCGGUCCUCAGGUCCUUGCCGAUUACAAUCAGUGGAAAGGUACCGGCGCCGCCAGCGGACAGGGGAAAGGGAAGGGGAAGGCGCCGCUUCCUCCGGCGGCCAGUAGCGAUGACGAGGAGGAGGCGAUCCCGCCUCGGACCGUCAAGCGGAUGGUGGGCGGCCAGGAGUUCCUCGUUGCGCUCGACAGCGACGACGAGGAUGAGGGGGCGCCAAUACCACCUCCAACGGUCAGGGAAGAGCCGGUGGUUGCUGAACCGAUGGCGAUGCCUGUGGAGCAGGAUCAGGAUAUGGGAUUGGACAUGCCGGAGGUGGAGCAGCCGGAACCGGUCCAAGCACCGAGGCCGGAGAUGGUGGAUCGCGGAAUGAUGGUCGCACCUCCGCCGAAACCAGAUAUGGUGGACAGGGGAUCGAUGACGGAUACGCCGGUCAUUGUCGAGCCGGAGGCACUUGUCGUGCAGGCCGUGACUGAGCAAGUACAGAUCGCCCCGGCAGCCGCCUCCGACGCUGACCUCGGCGCCCAGCUUAAGGCGGUCCAGGACGAGCUGGCCGACACUCAAUCCCGGAAUACUUCCCUCACCGACGACCGCGACUUCCUCCGGAGGCAAUACAACCUCGCCUCGGCCCAUGUCGGCGAGCUGAGCCAGGACAAGCGCGAUCUUUUGGACCAGCUCGAGAUCAAGUCGCAGCAGCUCGCGCAAGGUCUCAAGCAGCGGAUCAUCCACGCCACGGCGGUCGCUUCGCGGGACGCGGCCGAGAUCAAAUCCCUCCAGAACCAGAACAAGGUGUUGCUGGACCAGGCAAGACGGACGGACGAUGCCGUCCGGGCCAAGGCGGUACUGUACCCGCAGACGAAACGGGCGAACGAGGCGCUCGUAGAGGAGAAUGCGGUGUUGAAGAGGCGGGUGGAGAACCUGAAUCGGAGAAAUGAGGAGUUGCGGGACCAGCUCGCUGGGCUGCGAGCGAGGCAGAUGGGGAUACUGUCGCAGUCGCAGGUGAACCAGGAGGAGGAGGGGUCGGGGACGGAGACGGAGACGGGUACGGAAUCGGGGAGCGAGUAUACGGAUAGUGAGGCGAAUCAGGAUAUGGCGGCGUUGGGGUAUGCGACCCGCCCGAUUAAUAUGACGAGCUCGGGCGAGAUGAUUGAUCUGGGAGGUGUGGGGCAGCAGGGGGGCGGGGAGGGUGGGGAGGGCGGAGAGGGCGGAGAGGGGACAGGAGAGGAAGAGGGUAUCCCGAACUCGGACGAGUGGGAGGUCAAAGUGGAGGAGGUGGAGAUGGAGGUGGAGGCGGAGACGGAUGGGGAGGGAGUCGGGUUCCAGUGUCAGAUAAGGGGUCAGGGGGAUGAGGUGUGCGGCAAGUUGCUCGAGAGCCGAGGGUAUCUCCAGGAGCACUGGCGUACUACGCAUCGGGGGGAGAUGGUGCCUUUGUCGCAGUAG